AUGCAUCCGGUCGUGCCCGCCGACACUCAAAUUUGGAUGCCCGACCAUGCGCCAUAUCGGCACAUUCUACCGUUCGUACGGCCGGCCGAUAGAGCUAACUGACGAUUUCGUUUACAAGCUGCGCUCGGCGUUCCAUCCAUACAUGAUCAAGGAAUUUGAAUCAGGAAUCUACACGAUGGCGACGCGGAAGAACUGGACGGCGAGCUCGGCAAGGUUCGGGUACUGGCUGUACAACAGAGUCGGCAAAAUUAUGCCUGCGUUCCUGUGUGCGUCGAGCGGAUCGCAGGUCAUCCCGAGCACCACCAGCGACAAGGGCUCGCCAGCGACAGAAGAGGCCGCCGACUUCACCGGGCUGAACUGGGGGUACUGUGUAGCUAUUGCUGCUGGAUAUUUUCUGAUCCGCGCGCUGUUCAACAUCUUCAUUCCGUAGCGAUAUUAAG